UGCGUCUUACGUAAUUGGGUUUCCCAUUGACUACUUGCUGUCCAAGUUUUGGAGACAGAACGCUUCAGCCAAGUCGUGGAGCACAGAGGAAGUAGACGCCAUGAACACUCUACAAGAGUAGCUCUCCCUUUCUCUGCACCCAAUACAAGAAUAGCUCUCUCAUUCUGUGCUUUUACACCGAUCUUAGCUGUUUUGAUUGAUUCAUACAUACCCUUUUAGGGAGAGAGGGAGAUAUGGAUUCUGAUAACUCUCCCCGGAUUAAAGGGGUGGUCAUUAUUUCACUUCCACCACAUGAUAAUCCUUCUCUAGGCAAAACCAUCACUGCUUUUACUCUCACUGAUGAUUAUUAUAACUAUCCACAAUCUCACCAAACCCAUCUCCAACCGCCCUCUCUAACCCUUCAAGAUUACCAGCUUCCUGUCCAAUCCUUACUACCACCAACACCACCACCGAUGCCGCAAAAUCCUCAAAUUCAAUACUCAUCAUCAAGGCUCUCCAUUGCUACCCCGAGAAGGCUCUUAGGGCUUGUGUGUAUCUAUCUUUUUGCUCUUAUUCUCUAUAGUUCUGUAUUUUCAAGAACCCUUCAGGAAUUGAAUGCUUCUGACGAUGAUCAAAAGACCAAGUCUUUUAUCUUUCCCUUGUUUCAUAAAGUUGUUAUUCGUGAGAUUUCACACAGUGAUCUUAAACAUAAACCGCUAAGGUUUGUCUACAAGGAGAGUUGGGUAGCACCUGCUGAUGAUGCGAUUGGUCCCCAUGAAAAUAACAAGUUAGCUUCUUUAGGGGCUGCUGUGGAUUCAUCUACCAAUUUGCCCGUUAGGGGCAACGUUUUUCCAGAUGGAUUGUAUUUCACAUAUGUACUUGUUGGGAGUCCUCCAAGAGCUUACUAUCUUGAUAUUGAUACUGCAAGCGAUUUAUCAUGGAUUCAAUGUGACGCUCCUUGCAGUAGCUGUGCCAAGGGAGCAAAUGCUUUAUACAAGCCAAGAAGAGACAAUAUCGUAACUCCCAAGGACGCAUUAUGCAUGGAACUGCAAAGAAAUCAGAAGGCAGGGACAGGGUAUUGUGAAAUGUGCCAACAAUGUGACUAUGAGAUUGAAUAUGCAGAUCAUAGCUCCUCCAUGGGAGUUCUUGCAAGAGAUGAACUUCACCUUACGAUGGCAAAUGGAUCUUCAACUAAGUUAAAUUUUAUUUUUGGGUGUGCUUAUGAUCAACAAGGCUUACUUUUAAACACUCUGGCAAAGACAGAUGGGAUCCUUGGACUAAGCAAAGCUAAAGUCAGUUUACCUUCUCAGUUGGCAAACCAGGGGAUAAUAAAAAAUGUGGUAGGUCAUUGCCUUAGCAGUGAUGCAGGCGGUGGUGGAUAUAUGUUCUUAGGUGAUGAUUUUGUACCACAAUGGGGCAUGGCAUGGGUUCCUAUGCUCGAUAAUCUUUCCAUAGAAUCUUAUCAGACACAGAUUAUGAAGGUGAAUUAUGGAAGCACCCCACUUAGUUCAGGUGGACAGGGCAGAACAAGACAGAUAGUGUUUGAUAGUGGCAGUUCUUAUACAUACUUCCCAAAAGAAGCUUACUCUGAAUUGGUUUCAUCUCUUAAAGUGGCUUCUUGGGAGGGACUUAUCCAAGAUACAUCAGACCCAACACUGCCCUUCUGUUGGCGAGCCAAAUUCCCUAUCAGAUCUGUUACAGAUGUUAGGCAGUUCUUCAAGACUUUAACCCUUCAAUUUGGGAGCAAAUGGUGGAUUAUCUCCACAAAGUUUCGAAUUCCUCCAGAAGGCUACUUGGUCAUUAGUAAUAAAGGCAAUGUGUGCUUGGGUAUUCUUGAUGGAAGCAAGGUGCAUGAUGGAUCCACAAUCAUACUUGGAGACAUAUCAUUACGUGGGCAAUUGGUCAUAUAUGAUAAUGUAAACAAGAAAAUUGGGUGGGCUCCGUCAACUUGUGUGAAGCCAACAAGACUCGAGAGCCUGCCAUUCUUUGAGGGAGAGACCAUAUCAUAAUAGUAGUACAAAGUAGAUAUGUUGUACAUUUACCAGUUCAGUUUCUACAAGUUUGUGAAUCUUAUACGAAAGGCUUUUAAUGCUUGUUUAGUAUAUAAAGAUAAUUAAUGAA